AUCGUUAUCGUAAAGUAUAUAUAGGUCUUCGCUGGAGAGCUUUUCAAUCUUCACUUCAUCUCAUCGCAUCGAAUUGAGGGAUUUGAUGGGAGAUUGAUGAAUUUCUCUUUACGUUGGAUUCGAAGUCGUACGACAAAGUUGCGGAUGUAUGCGAUAACCUAAUGCCUCAGGUUGCAGCUGAUGACAUUGCUUACUAGGACGAUUGGCCCUACGCCAUUCACCUCCUCGCUCACUUUUAUGUUCACGACAUCAACAGUGCGCGUUUUCUUUGGAAAUCAAUACCUUCGUCAAUCAAAAAAAGCCAGCCUGAAGUCACUGUGGUUUAGAGAAUACCUUCGUCAUUUUUGUCAGAAGCUCUGGUUAUGUGACUAUGCUGGAGUGAACGAGGCAAUCCGUGGCUUUGAUUGGAGUCAGGAUGUCCAAGGCCUAGUUGCUUCAUUUUCAGAACUUUACACAAGGGAGAUGUUUCAGCUGCUUUUCUCUGCUUAUUCAACAAUAAGCAUUAAAGACACUGCUUUAUUUCUGGGAACGAUUGAAGAUGAUGCUACAAACUAUGUACUACAGCAAGGCUGGACUGUCGACCCUGCCUCUCAGAUGCUUAUUGUAAAGAAACAACCUGUUGUGACCGCGCAGAACCUUGAUCAUAGUAAAUUGCAGGGAUUGACCGAAUAUGUCUUCCAUCAUAAGCAUCGAAGCUUUUAGUUAUGAAGAAUUAGAUGUUUCAUUUUAUAUGAAAUUCUUCUCAAAUUGAUCAAUCAAACGUUCUAUGUUCUUGAAAGUGAAUGUAUACUGUUGAUAAUUUUGUAGCUAAUCUCUAUGUUUUUUAAUUUUAGCACCGAUUGGUGAAAUUCACGUCUCACUUGAUAGUUUUUCGACAA